CCUCGCGUCUGUGCUGCGUAUACUGGGUCAAGAUUAACCAAAUAUCUGAGGUAGAAACUAAGUUCGCUCAGGUGGUUCUAGUACCAACAUAGUGAGCGCUACCAAAAUUUGGUCACUGCUCGAUCAAUUCUAAACUACCGAAGACUAUCUCAGUUUUUGAUCUGUCGCAACCUGUGUUAGUAGUAUAGAAAGCAUGAGUGGUAAGGCUGGACCGUCACUUCCGCCGCACAUAUUAGCGGCGAGGGAAGCCAAACGAAAGCGACUUGCCGAAGAGAAGGCGAGAAAGGAAACACAAUCUACAGCAGAAGAAUCAGAAGAAGUCAAGGAGAGCGAAUCUGUGCCGAAGAAAGCUCGGGUUGGACCUGCGAUACCGAAGCCGGAGGAGUUAGUCAAUGCGUCAACAACAUCAUCAUCAGCAGAUCUACAAGUGAAUGAGGAAAGUGAUGACUCAAGCGACGACGAGAUGGGACCUGUGCUCCCGAAGGAUGUUGCGCAAGCCGAAGAAGAAGCACGGCGUCGUCUUGCACGUGCGGCAGAGUCCGCAAAGAAAUCAACGCUGUCGGAGGUAGAUUCAUCGAAGCGAGAAGAAUGGAUGCUUGUGCCGCCAUCGGAGAAAGACUGGGCUCGUUCGCAGGCAGAUCCACUUCAACUGAAGAACAAAAAAUUCCUAUCAGGAAAAGCUGCAUCUACUGUUGGAUCAAAGAAUGCAGAUGGUAGCUGGAUGGAGACCGAAGCUGAGCGGAAGAAGCGAGUGGGCGAGGAGAUGAUGGGACUACGACCCAAGGCAGGCGAGGAGGCCGGUGGUGCGAUUGGACCAGCAAAGCCCCCGGCAGCGAGAGAUGCAGAGAAGGAACAGAAAGUGAGGGAGUACAACGAAAAGAACAGAGGCAAAAGUCUGGUGGAACAGUACCACGAGAGCAUGGGCAAAGGGAAGAGCGUGGUGGACGAUCCGAGCAAGCGGGUGUUUGACUACGAGAAGGAUAUUGCGAGUGGAGGGAAGAUUAUGAGCGCGUCGCGCAUCAGUGAGAUGUCCAAACGAGCAGGUGAUGUUGACUCACGGUUCAGCAAGGGCAAGUUCCUGUAAUAUUUAAGAUCGCUUGUACAAUAUCACAACAAUUUUGAUCAAUAUAUACUACAGUUUACUCAGAGAAGACAACGUUUCUUUUUGGUUUAACAAUACAGAAUCCGCACGCGUACCCUUCGUUUCUGUCAGUCAUUAUACAAAGCAGUAAUCCGCGUCGCGCAUCAGUGGAAUGUAAGGAACAAGCGACAUUGACUCGCGUUUCAGCGAGGGCAAGCUUGUUCCUGUGAAAGUUAACAUCGCUGGUACAGUACCACAACAAUCUUGAUCAAUAUACUAUAAAACACCAAGAGAACACUACGUU